AUGGUGUUGCCGGAUCAAGUCACUUUCAGUUCUUUAUUGAAUGGAGACAAUGAUGCUGUUGAAGAACAAAUGAUUUGUGAUUUUGAAUCUACAAUUCCCAAGGAGGAACCUAGAGACGAAAUUGAUAUCAUAACAAGUGAGAAUGUUAAUGUUGCUGAGAGAUAUCAAAAUUUGAAUAUUUCCUUGGAAAAGGAUGGUCAUGGGAGAGAAAAGACCGAUAGAGGAUUCAAUCUAAAUCAAAUCCCUUCUCAAUCCCCUCUACCUGAAGUCAUUGAUACACCAAUGAUGCUGCCCCAACCAAUCACAUUCAGUUCUCUAUUGAAUGGAGAUGAUCUUGCUGCUGAAGAACGGAUGCUUUUUGAAUUGCAAUCUUCAUUUCCAGAGCUUGAAGAAGCAAUGGGUGGACAGGUUAAACUUGGCAGCCCUAUUACUGCAAGAGCUGCGGAAGAAGAAGAAGAAUAUGACACAACAUUAACUCUGUCUUUAAGGGAGCAAAUUCACAAUAUUGCAAGUGAGCAUGCUACUGAUCCUCAGAGAAAAAUGAGCAUUUCAUUAGGAAAGCAACCGAUAGUAAUGCAACAUUGGGAUGAUCGUCCUUUGAAACGAACCAUUGAAGUUGGAGAGUCUUCCACUGCUAAACAUCAAAAGAAGGACCCACCUUCUGGAAUUAUUGUUGCAAAUGAAGUAAGAAACUAUAAUGCUUCUAACAACACCUCUAGAUUAAUGGAAGUGAGGAACCCUAUUGCUUCAAACAACACUUCUCGAUUAAUGGAAAGGAGGAACUAUAAUCUUCCAAUUGGCACCUCUGAAGCCAAUCAAAUUCCAAAUUCUCUAUAUCAUCCCACAUAUGAGGCCACGGGUCUUUCGGCCGACCCCUAUGUUAGAUUGAUGAAGGCAUUAGGUUAUCCAGAAAGGAAUAUGGACUGGUAUUUCAUAUUCAAAUAA